AUGUCCUCUCGCAAGCGCGCCCGGACGGCUGUGACGACACCGGCUACCCAAGCAGCGCCGCCCAAGGUCGCCAUAAGUGGUGGCACGGCGUACACGGAAAAGUUUGCGCACCGCAUUGUGCUGAUGGCUGGCUCCGACUUCUUCGACGGCGUCUUCUCCUCCGGCAUGGCGGAGGCUGGCUCGGCUCAAGCGGCAGUGACGGAGUACCUGCAAAUCGCGCCGCUCUUCGACUCCGUCGCCGCGUGCCUCGAGGCACGCCUCACGCCGGACAAUUGCAGGGGGAGUGGUGUGACUGCUCCUGUGGUGCGGGCGACGGCUUCUGAGGAAGCCGUCGCCCGCGCCUCGCCUGUUGUCGCGUGA